UGCUGCUUAUAGAGAUAAUAUGAACCAAACCAAACCUUCAUUGUAGACAUGUUUUCUGCAACAACAAUAACAAUAUUUGGUUUUCUUCCCAUCACUUUAGCAUAUCUUUUAUGCACACUCUUCUUUCAUAAAAAAGAAAAAACCAUUAACAAUAAAAAGCCACCAGGUCCACCAACAUUACCAAUAAUCGGAAACCUUCAUAAAUUAGGCAAUCUUCCACAUAGAUCACUUCAAUUACUAUCCAAAAAAUAUGGUCCAAUCAUGUCCUUACAAUUUGGUCAAAUUCCUUUUAUAGUAAUUUCAUCUUCAAAAGCAGCAGAAUUAUUCCUAAAAACACAUGAUAUAUAUUUUGCAAGUCGACCAAAGAGUCAAGGAUCUGAGAUAAUGUCUUAUGGUUCAAAAGGGAUGGCUAUAUCAGAGUAUGGUCCAUAUUGGCGUAGUGUGAGGAAACUUUGUACUUUGAAUCUUCUUAGUGCUUUGAAAGUUGAGAUGUUUGGUCCUAUUAGGAAGGAGGAGUUAGGUGUUUUGGUUAAGUCUUUGGAGAAAGCUUCUUUGGUUGGUGAGGUUGUGAAUGUUAGUGAGGCUGUAGAGAAUCUUAUUGAAGAUAUUAUGUAUAAGAUGAUAUUGGGUAGGAGUAAGUAUGAACAAUUUGAUUUGAAGGGGUUGAUUCAAGAAGCAAUGGUUUUAUUUGGAUCUUUUAAUGUUGCUGAUUAUGUUCCUUGGCUAAGUGCAUUUGAUAUUCAGGGAUUAACACGAGCUUGCAAGAAAAUGAGCAAAUCACUUGAUGAGGUGUUGGAAGUAAUAAUAACAGAGCAUGAAGAAUCUACUAAUGUAGAGAAAACACGUCAUGAGGAUUUCAUUGAUAUACUUCUCUCAAUUAUGCACCAUAACAUAGAUAAAGAAAAUGAACAAAGUCAUGCUAUUGAUCGAACUAACAUCAAGGCUAUUUUACUAGACGUGAUUUUAGGAGCAAUCGAUACAUCUGCAAACGUAAUUGGCUGGACUUUCUCCGAACUUUUAAGACAUCCAAAAGUGAUGAAAAAUCUUCAAAAUGAGAUAGAAAAGGAAGUAGGAAAUAAGAGAAUGGUAGAAGAGAAAGAUUUGAAGAAGUUUAAAUACUUAGAUAUGGUGAUUGAUGAAAGCUUAAGGCUUUAUCCUGUUGGACCCUUACUACUACCUCGUGAGUGUAGAGAGAGCGUAACAAUUGAUGGUUAUUUUAUUAAAGAAAAAACACGAUUAAUUGUAAAUGCAUGGGCAAUAGGUAGAGAUCCAAAUGUUUGGUCAGAAAAUGCUGAAGAAUUUUAUCCAGAGAGAUUUGUUGAUAAGACAAUGAAUUAUCAAGGACAAGAUUUUGAAUGUAUACCAUUUGGUUCUGGUCGGAGACGUUGUCCUGGGAUUCAUUUGGGUUUGGUUACUGUUAGAUUUGUUAUAGCUCAAUUGGUGCAUUGUUUUAAUUGGGAACUUCCUUCUAAUAUUACUCCUUCCAAUUUGAACAUGGAAGAAAAAUUUGGACUCUCUAUACCAAGAGCUCAACACUUGCAUGCAAUACCUAGUUAUCGUUUGGCAUGUGAUGUCAAUCAUGAAUAAGUCCAACACUAUGUUUUUAUUCAACAAGUUUUUAUUACUGCUAUAAGUUUAGUAUGUAUAAUGAUGUUUGUAUAAAAUAAGUUAAUGAAUAUUGUUGGUUCCCUUUACAUAUGUUUACCGUCAACAUUUGAAUGUAUUUGGAAUUAGCAACUUA